CUCUUUGUCCAGUCACAGAGACAGAAGAGGGGCUGCCAGUCAUCACACAGCUGGUGAAGCAACAGAACAACAUGAAUAUAAGACUAAUUCCUGUGUUUUUUGUCCUGUUCGCUGCUUGUGUCCCUGCUCUCUGUAGCAGAGAUGAGGCUACCGCCCCACUGCCUGGGGCUGAGACCCGGUCUCGCUUUGCUGCUCUGGAUGAUGUGCGUCUCCUGGCAAACGGCCUCCUCCAGCUGGGCCAGAGCCUGCGGGAGUUUGUGCAGAAGACGAAGGGACAGAUCAACGACAUCCUGCAGAAGCUCAACAUCUUCAACCACUCGUUCUACCAGCUGUCAGUGCUCGCCAGUGAAAUCAAGGAGGAGGGCGAGGAGCUGAAGAAGACCACCGUGGUGCUGAAGGCCAACAAUGAGGAGAUCAAAGGUCUGUCUGCUGAGAUCAACUCCAAGGUGGACAACAUCCUGCAGGAGAAGAGUCAACUACAGAGCAAAGUAGAAGGUCUGGAGAAGAAGCUGAGCAGCCUCUCGCAGGGUCUGGUGUCCAGUGAACAAGUAGCAGAGAUCAAUGGCCUGAGGGCUGUGAUCCACAGUCAGGAGCAGAGCAUCACUGAGCUGCUGAAGGCUGUGAGGGAACAGAGCAACCAGAUCAACUACCAGAAGACCAAGAUCAAGACUCUGGAGGAAAAGCUCACAGUGGACACAUCCGCCCAGGAGACCAUUGAGAGGACGCCUGAGGUCUUCAGCAGUGAACCUCCAACACUUAAGCCUUUUCAGACCUCAGACUCCUCCAACACCACGGAAAUGAAUCUGCCGUCAGACUGCAGUGAGGUGUUUAUCAGAGGGGAGCGAGCGAGUGGUGUCUACGUCAUCAGACCCAACGGAUCAGAGCCCUUCAUGGCCUAUUGUGACAUGAGCAAAGAUUAUGGGGCAACAGUCAUCCAGAGACGCAAGGAUGGCUCUGUAAAUUUUGAUCAAACAUGGGAGAAGUAUGAACAUGGCUUUGGAGAUUUUCAAGGAGAGUUUUGGCUGGGUCUCAGGAAGGUCCACCCUCUCACCGCUCGGGGCGACUCUGUCCUUCACAUCCAGCUGGAAGACUGGAAGAACUGCAACUACUUCAUCGAGUAUAGAUUUUACCUCGACGGUCCAGAGAGCAACUACACCAUUAACAUCACACAUCUGUCUGGAGACUUGCCAGACGCCAUGAGCAACCACACAGGCAUGAUGUUCUCGACGAAGGACAGGGACAAUGACAAGCACAUGGACGCCAACUGUGCCCACAGCCACACGGGUGGAUGGUGGUUCAGCGCCUGUGGAGACACCAACCUGAAUGGCAAAUAUUUCCUCAUUAGACCAAAGGGACAUUCACAGCGCAGGAGAGGAGUUCAAUGGAAGUCUCCAAGGAAAGCGUCCUACUCCUUCAAGCUUACUCAGAUCUCAGUCCACCGCAUGGCUCCAGUCUCAGCCUCUUCUGCUUCAUCCCAUGCAGAUGUCUUUCUUUGAUCCGUGCAGCACCAGCGGACUCCGGUGAAAAACUUAGAACAAGCAGCAGCAAAGAGUGUCCUCUGCAGGAGAGCCUUAGCAGUGCUUCUUGUGCGCAGCCACAGGUUUGGAGGCUGGAGAAAAGAAAGAUGAUGAUUCACUACCAGAAUCAAUGUAGAAAACCAUGAAUUUCACUCACACAGUGGCAUUAAAUGCUAUGUAUCUUU